AUGACUGACGAAACCCGUCGCAUUGUAGAAAGAGAGGGCAACUCAAAGCUCAACAAUAUAGGAUGGUCCACAUCGUCUGCUGGAGUGAUACAUGAUGACGAGUCCGGCAAUGUUUCUCCUAGAUCCAAAAAGCUGAAUCCUUCAGCAACAGGAUGGCCACAAUCUACAGCUGACUCUUUUUCCAAGCCGAAACAUUUCGACAGCACUGAUUCAACUUUAACAACAUCGGGUGGGGAGGCAAACACCGGAUCUUUCGAUGCUCCCUUGAGUCUCUCCUGGCUCCAUGAAAUCCGAAAAGUUAUUCGAGAGGAAGUCGCUGAAGGGUUCCAAAGGCUCGUGUCUGCCACCGAGUCUCCCGUGUCUAGUACCACUGGCUCAGUCCUGUCCCCGCCGACUCCGAGUCUCGAUAGUCCGCCGCCGUUUCCAGUACUAUCACAAGGUGAAGUGGUCACAGCUAUCACAGUAUCUCAGAGGCCGGGCGUGCGUUUCAGUGAUCGCCGCACUUUCGCCAAACGUCCGGCCGGAGUGCCAAGAAGUGCUUCCAGUUCCCAGCCUCCAGCGGAAUGGGGAGAUCUGUUCGAUACUGAUGGAUUUGCCACUCCGAGGCUGGGACAAGUACUCCGUGGCCUUGCCAAGUAUAUUAUCGACGAGUGUACGCCGAAGAAUAGUCUGGUCAUAACCCCGGAAAAGCUCGCCUCAUUUUACUUGAGUUACCGCCUCGACGCUGAAAUUCUUCCAUUCCUGGACAUCUUCACAUCGAACGCUCACGAUGCCAACGACAGCCUAGUUGACUUCUACAUCGACCUGGAAGUUCAGCAUCAUCUAGUACAGAAAGACGUGCACUCACGUCCAAAAGUGCCCGCUCUGACGCCACUUGGCUUUGCGCAGUUCCUUACCAUAUGCAUCCUCGCCUACCCUGACCAAGAAUUCCGCCGGCUUGAGAAGAUAUCCACAGAAAUUCCACUUACAACAGACACAAUAUUGCCCGACGGACACGCUGAGAAACUUCCCAGAACCAUCAUACGAUCAUGCUUGCCUGCCAAGCAUGAUGUAAAGAACCGCAAGCUUCUCGACGGCGCUGUCGAGGAUCUAGUUUACGAUCUGAGCUUGUCGCCUUCCAGAUCGGGUAGUUCGUCAUCCGCGUUGACCGCCUCUGGGAAAGGAGUUGGUGCGACCACGGCUCGUACCGGCCCUGAUCGCGCCAGGGGUAUGCAGCUCCCCGAUGAUUAUGAGCUUAAGGGAUGCCGUAAGAGAUUCAUGCCCGGCGCCCUGCAGACUAUUGGCGAUGAAUCUGUGGGUGAAGGUUACGAGUCUAUGCACGGCGGAGGCGGACACCACCACCAAGUACAUGGAACCGACGCCACCCCUCUAAGAGAAGGUGGCGCGAUGCUUCACAAUAUGGAACAUGUUGCCAGCAAUCCCACUUACAACCAGCCAGAUGGCCGUGUGCAAAGGCUGAGCCUAGCCGCCAAUACUGGCCGCUCCCACUCGUUCGGACACCCGUCGUACUUCCAGCCAAUGACACCGUCCCGAACCAUCUCACCGCCUCCGGUAGGCCACCGAGCCUCAAUGUCCUCAACAGGCUCGUCGGCGUCCCAAAGACCAAGGAGCCCGCAGAUGAGAGGAUACAGUGCCUCGGUCCCAGACGUCAGCACAAGCAGCGCCUCGUCCUCCACCCUCAUUUGCACACCGUCCUCAUUCUCGUCUACCUCUGUCUCACCGACCAUGGAACACGGAAUGCUAGGCACCAUGGUGCUCCGUAGCGACUCGGGCGACCAUGGGGCUGCCACUGGUGGCAGAGACCAUUAUCGCCAGGAGGAGCAACAGCGGCAGCUGGUCUUGGCUGAGGUGCCUGAGGCACACCGGGCCAACUCUGGAGCUGGCGGCAACGGAGGGGUAAUGAAACCUCACCCUGAGAGGAAUCUUGAGAGGUCGACCUCGCAUAGACACCGCCGACACACGCACAGCUCGGAGGGCCGCGCGGCAACGGCCACUGCGGACGAGAUGGGACUGACGUGGGGCGAGUUUCUGAAUCCCCAGAAGGCAUCCCAGAAGGGAGACCGGGGAGGGAAUGGAUCUGGUUAUCGCGGGAGCUAUUGA